AUGAGGGCAAAACGGUCAAAGAAGUACCGCAAGCUUAUGCAACAGUAUGAGCUCACAUUUGGGUUUCGCGAGCCUUAUCAGGUGCUCGUUAUCACAAAAUGCUCUCUCGCGGCAGUCAUGGCAUCAUCUUCUACACAGCAACAACAACAAUCAAAAUUCGUACCCAACACGCGGCCUCCACAGCUCCCACCACCCACCACCCUUCCCCUUCGCUACUGUUCGCAUAACGAAGACUCAAAAACCAUUGACGAAGUCGAUUGUCUUCUGUCUCUGCUAUCGCCUAAUCCAGAAUUGAAAAAGAACAAAGAGCACUAUAUAUUAGCUACGGCAGAUCCUGAGCCAACUAAUACCCAUACCCAGAAAUGGAAAUCCAUAGCCGCAACUGCGCCAGAGCCGCCGACAAAUUAUCUGCGCAAGGGUGCGCGGCAAAUACCUGGCGUUCCAAUCAUAUACGUGAAACGAUCUGUGAUGGUAUUAGAGCCUCUGAGCAAUUCGUCAGAGGGAGUGAGGGAAGGAGUUGAGCGGGGGAAAUUAAAGACGGGUAUUACCAAGACGAUGGCAGGAAAGAGGAAGAGGGAUGAUGCGGACGAAGGGGAGGGAAAAGAUACAUCAACAGGUACGAAGGAGAAGAAGCCGAAAAGAGCCAAAGGUCCAAAUCCGCUGAGUGUGAAGAAGCCGAAAAACCACGCGAAGCCGAGUAACAGCAGUAGGGGUGGUGGUGGUGGCGGCGGCGGCGGCGUGAUUGGUGGUGGUGGUGAAAAGAACGAGAACAAUAAACCUGCUGAAGCGGAACGACAGCCUGCACACGGUUCAGAGGAUGAAAAUGUCAAGGAUAAAUCGAAUGCUGGUGGAGAACCUACUGGGAAAACUAAGAGGAAGCGAAGGCAUAAAUCCCAUAAAUCGGAUAAUUCUCAGGAAGCUGGUCUGCCACAACUUGGCGCGCCGCUUGCUGUUGAAUUGUAA